AGGAGGAGAAGAAGAUCGAGAAGGAGACGACGAACGCAAAGAAAGUGGAGAGGCGGUGGUGGUCGGUGGCGAACAAGGUGGGGAGCAUUAUAGCUAGAAGGAACGCUGCGGAGAAAAGGCAGCUGUAGUAGGGGGGUACCGGAGAGACUACACAGUGCAGAAGCCGAGGCAGCGCACUGAGCCACGAGGGGCUAUUCGUGCGAGAAGGGGAGGGUGACAAGAAGCCCUGGCGGGGAGGGGACGCGGAGGCCUUCGGGGGGCCGACCAACCAGACGGCCGAUGAUGUCAUCGGAGGAGGAGACCGAGUGUUUCGCCCUCUACGGAGCAGCCACGGAAAGCAAGCAACAGCAACUCCUGAAGAAGCAGAAGCGCACCAGACAGCGCGUGGACGCCGGCGAGCCGCGCAACAGUUACUCGAGUAUACCGAACUUUAGCUCCCGGCCAUCUUUCCUCGGUGGUGGUCUAUACGGCUCGAUCUUCAGUGGCACCGGGCCACCGACGCAUCCACAGCAACAAUCGCAACAGCAGCAGCAGCAACAAUCGCAACAACACCACCAGUCACAAUCGCAACAACAACAACAGCUCCAGCAACAGGCUGGAGCGACUGGCAGUCAAAGUCAUUUAGGUACAGCUACGACGGGUCCUACAACCCAGCAGCAUUCCGCCCACGCGGCCUUUGGCUUCUUCGGGGCUCCGGGCUUCGGCCCCGCCAAGAUGCUGAACGAGUUAUUAGGAAGACAAGUCAAACAGGCGAGUGACGCUGGCGGAUCACCGCCAGAGGGCGGCCACGGGAUGACCGGUGCCGGCAUGGAUCCCGCCUCGAAUUUGCAGCCAGGCGCCGUGGUUAAUUGUGAUGAUCCCGCCACGGCCGAUCUCACGCAGCACAUGUUACGCGACAUGCUUCUGCAGGGCCGCAAACUCUCCGCUCUCGGCGUGCAGGAGCAGCCGAACAAUAACAACAGUAUACACAGUAACAAUAAUAAUAAUACUACCGCGGAAUUACUUAAAUCACAGCAUCAGCAGAGUCCCCAACAGCAUCAACAAAAUAGUGAUAGUGCGCGCAGUGGAACAGUGCAGAGUGGCGGGGAGGAGAGUGGUGAUGGUAAUAACGUCGUGAAUAGCGCGAAUCAUAGUGACCGUGAUACCGUGAUGCCGGGCGAUGCUGAGGACAGCGCUGAGGAUGCUGCCUCCGCGGCACGCGCGAUGGAGGAGGCCUUUGCCGAGGCCGGCAUGGAACCAGGGGCGAACUUAGACGGGUCGGAUUGCGAGCAGAGCCUACCUCCUAGCCCAUCGGCACCAAGAUCGGGCUCGGUCUCCGUUAAAGAAGAGAUACAAGAAUCGAUCAACAUAAAACGUAGUCCGAGUCACUCUCCUUGUCCGAUCGUGCCAAAGACCGAAACGAAUUCUCCAACAACGGAGAUUAAACGCGCUCGCGUGGAGAACAUCGUCAGCACGAUGCGCAGUAGUCCGGCGCUUCAGCCGGCAACGGUAAACGGUUGCAAGAAGCGCAAGCUCUAUCAACCUCAGCAACAGACAGUGCAUCACGUUCUCCAGCAUAGCGUCAAUGAUACUCUAAUGGACGACGAAGACGAGAGUGAAGAGGAGGAAGACCCGAUGACGAUCAGGCAGAAACGGGAGGAAAAAGAUAACUUGAAGAUACAACUAAAAAUGUUGCAUGAGCAAUUGGCAGAAAUGCAACAAAAAUACAUAGAACUCUCCAGUAGAAUGGAGCCAGAUACAAGUGAGAGCGGCGACGCGCCACCCAGUCCUCAGCCUCAACCGCAACCACCGCCAAGACCGCCACGACCUCAUCCACCGCCGUAUAACGGCCUCCCGGCCCUCCCACCUGAUCACCCCCACGCAGCGGCUGCCGCUAUGUAUCACAUGGGACAUAAACUCUACUUUGAACAACAGCAUGCUGCUCUCGAGAGAAUGAAACAACAUCAAGAAGCGGCUGCACGGCAGCAGCAACAGCAGCAACAACAGCAGCAACAGCAGCAGCAGCAACAACAGCAGCAGCAGCAACAACAUCAACGACAGAGUUCGUCACCGCCACCAAGCCAACCUCAGCAACAAAGCCAGAACAACACUGGACCCUCGACGCCGCAGACGCCGCAAAUGCAACCAGCCAGUACGCCAAUUCAACAUAAAGACUUCCAAGAAAGGUUAAACGUCUUCAGGGGUGCUGCCGCAGCAGCUAGCUCGUCCGGCCCUCAUAUCACCGGAGCCGAUUUAGAAGGCCUGGCGGAUAUUUUGAAGACGGAAAUAACUUCUUCUUUAACCAAUCUGAUUGACAGCAUAGUAGCAAGGUUCGUGCAACAGAGGAGGUUUCUCGGUAAGCAAACCGAGGCAGCGCAGGCUGCUGCCGAGCAGCUCAAUAAGGACCUCCUUUUGGCGAGCCAAAUGCUCGAAAGAAAAUCGCCAAGGACAAAGGUAGUCGACAGAGGAGCUCCGCAACCACCCGGUGGCCCAAACGGGCCACGGGGGCCCCUCAACGGUGGGCCCCCUCCUCCACAACCCACGGGGUUUUCGCAAAUCGGGUCCAUAGGUGGUGUGCCCCAUGGCCCUCAUGCUGGCCCCACGGAAAACAAUCUUAACCAGAUGAAUCAGCUGCCCUCGCACGCAAGGCCGAGCGUUGGAAUGUUUCAGACCCCAAAACCGCCGACGAUAUACGCCAUGGCCUCCAUGCAAGCGCAGCAGCAACAGCAACAUCAACAGCAACAUCAGCAACAACGCGAGCAACAACAAAGGGAGCACCAACAACGCGACCAAUACUGCAAUAUGAGAGGUGACGAGAGAGAAAACAGGGACUCGGAACAAAAUGAGGCCCUGUCACUGGUCAUGACGCCAAAGAAAAAACGUCAUAAGGUGACGGAUACGAGAAUUACUCCCAGAACGGUGUCCAGAAUCCUAGCGCAAGAGGGAAACGGAUCUCAAGGAGGUAGUGAUAGUCCCCCGCCUCCUCCACCGCCGAGACCCUAUCAUGCGCCACCACCGAUGCUGCCGGUGUCCCUGCCAACCAGCGUAGCGAUACCAAAUCCAAGCCUCCACGAGAGUCAAGUGUUCUCGCCCUAUUCGCCGUUUUUCAAUCCUCAUGCGAGUCAUCCUGGUCAAGUACCACCUCCGGGGCCACAUCAUUUACCCGCGAGUCCUCCGGGUGGAGGUGUAGAACUCAGGGAUUCCCCUCCACUGCCCCAUCCGCCGGCUAUGUUGCAUCCAGCCUUGCUGGCGGCAGCUCAGCACGGCAGUCCGGACUACGGUCACCUUAGGAUGGACAGCAAUGACCGAGCUAGCGAUUGUAAUUCCGGCGACAUCAGCUACGACGGAAUUCAGCCUACAUCGUCGACGCUGACGCCGAUGCAUCUGAGGAAGGCGAAGCUGAUGUUCUUCUGGGUCAGGUACCCAUCCUCGGCCGUCCUUAAGAUGUACUUCCCCGACAUCAAGUUUAAUAAAAACAAUACAGCGCAGCUGGUCAAGUGGUUCUCCAACUUCCGGGAGUUCUACUACAUCCAAAUGGAGAAAUACGCGAGACAAGCAGUUUCGGAGGGCGUGAAGAACGUCGAGGAUCUCCGAGUCGGUGGCGACUCCGAAAUCUAUCGAGUUCUCAACCUUCACUACAACCGUAAUAACCACAUUGAGGUAUGGGGUCCCCAGGUACCCAGCAACUUCAGGUACGUUGUGGAGCAAACGCUGAAAGAGUUUUUCAAAGCGAUUCAGGGCGGCAAGGACUCCGAGCAAAGCUGGAAGAAGUCCAUCUACAAGGUGAUCUCGAGGUUGGACGAUCCAGUGCCGGAGUACUUCAAGAGCCCGAACUUCCUGGAGCAGCUCGAAUGAAUCAGGAGGUCGCGUGGCUCUUGCUCUUCGUGGUGCGCGGGCUCACCCGCGCUCGUCGGCUCCCGAUAAUCAGGAACGACUAACGAGGGAGGAUCGCAUCCGCCAGGAGGUACACGUCCUUCGCGUAGUGCGUGUUCAGGUAUCCUUAAAUAACAUAUCGCAAAACGAACGAGGGCUAGGAAGGGAGAGGAGACACGGACAAAGCCAAGGAACAGAGGCACCAUCGACGUCCGAGGGCGACGUCAAGAUGCCAACGAAGGAUCAGGCUGUGACCGAAUCACGAAUCAAACAGGAAAAAAAACAGAAGAAACGUACGCAUACACAUGUGCAUACACCAACACACACAUACAUACGACAUACGUCCAUUAUAAAAAAAAAAAAAAUACUGCGAGUCUACGGCUGACGAAACUCGACAGUCGCAAAGUGUCGAACGCUCAUCGACGUUCCUCUUGUUUCAACUGAAGCGAGCACGAGAAGGUGAUUCCUGGGACAAGACAAAGAAGCACGACGAAUGCGUGGUCAACGAAUGGCGAGAAUAGCUUUUAGCGUCGAUUUUGUCCGAUCUGUUUGUAACGUAGAAGUAAUUACUUCGUUACCGCCUAAUUUUACAUCACACGAUAAGAAUAGGGAUUUAAAGACGAUGACACUGUUAGAGUUGUACUCACAGAGAAAGAUGGAGACUCGGAAUGUUUGCGAGCAUAUCCAAAGAUUGACUAAGUCUGAACGCCGCACGGCGAUUUCUCUUCUGCUUCGAACAAGAUCCGGAAGCGGAAUCCCCGUGAACGGAGGAAGCGAUGCAGGAUGAGCAGUUUCUCCUCCUGCACCGUUUCUGUAGAGGAACAUUUAUGGAUGAGGAGAAAACCUUGCGCUAAUACUAUUUCGAAUAAUCCUACAUUGAACUUUGCAAGUAGCUUCAGUUUUGCGAAGAUCGAUACUCCUUAUUAAAAUUCCGGAAAACUUCUUAUCGUCGAAUGAAUACCCUAAUGGCAAUUCAUACUUCGAUAAGAAGGCACUUCUGCUGCAAACCAUAACAUACCUUUUUCUUCUUACUUUCAGGAAAAAUUAAAUUUUCGAUGCAUCAGUUAAACAUAGUCGAGGUUCGCCUCGGUACUUUCCGUCACCAAAAUACAGUUAUCAAUUUUUCCCUAUAUUGUACAUAAUUUCGUUUCACCGCGUAUAACCGACCAACGUGGUUCGAGAUCGACGUGAAAAUGCUUAGCUAUUAAAUUAUUACUGUGCUUGAGAAUUAGAUGAGAAACACGGCGCGAGGAAACGCGAUCGUGCGCACAUCGAUACCAAAGAAUCGACUUCACAUAAACCAAAAGCGUAACGUCGCAUGAGUGAUCGCUCAUAGCGAUUUCCGCACAAACAACCUGUUCCUAUCUGCCGAGAAAAAGCUAUUCCUCCGUCUUUUCCGUUCUCCCGCAAUUUUUUCUUUAUUUUCCCCUUUUCGCUCGCUGAGCAUUACUUGUCGGGCCGAUAAAGAGUACGUUUGUCGAGAGUGCAUACGUUUCAUUAAAAAAAAAAAAAAAAUCGGUGCACGGGUCAAUAUACAUAGCUGUUUUUAUUAAUGGUUGAUUGUAUAAACGAAAUUAGGCUAGUCGUAGUGAUUAGAGAUUAGGAAGUAGUACGGGCGACGAAAAUGCAAGUCGGAUGCAACGUCUGUGUGAGGAACGUGCGCCGGCGGCAUUCCAGCUGUAGCGUUGCAAACCAAAAGAAAAAAAAAAAAAGAAAAGAAAAGAAAGAGAAAAUAGUGAAAUGCUAUAUAAUUGUGCGCCGAUACGAUAAUAAUUAUAAAUAUUAGAUUUCUAAAGCGAAAAAAAGAGACGAACGCUGGCGUGAUUAAAAUAGCGAAGACGUGCGCCAAAGAGAGUUGCAUAACCGCGCUUCCUUUUUUCCGUUUAUAUUAACUACCCCUCCCAACCCAUCCUAUACAUACAGACUCACGUACACGGACACGCGACACGUAUGUAGCUGUACACACAUGUAUUAAUCUACACCACGCGUUCACGCGCGCGAACGUGCGAGAAAUCAGAGACGGCGCCCCUUAUACUCUUACUUGCGAUUUUCUUUUUUCGCUAGAAAUUUUUGUAGAUACAUUACGAGAUGGUAUAAAAAUAUUAGAAAUAAUUCGAGUAGUAGCAAAUGCACAUAAUUUAACUCUUAUUUUUUCACCAUUACUCUCGCUACUACGUGCACUAUUAUUAUUACUAUUAUUAUUAUUAUUAUUAUUAUUAUUAUUAUCAUUAUUAUAUUGCUAUUAUUAUUGUAUUAUUAUUAUUAAUAUAUUAUUAUAUUAUUAUCAGACUCACUAUUAUCUAUAUCAAUAUGACAAUUUUACUAUAAAAUGAUAAUAAUUCUUAAUUAUUAUCAUCGUUAAAAUUGUCACUUACAGAGGGAAAAUUUUAGUUAAUUUAAAAUUAACCCUGUCUUUUUUCCAAAUGCAAUUUUUACACCGCUUUUCCGUAUCAAUUUUUAUCUUUAUCUUGUUUCAGCAAGGUUUCUUUCUCCGAUUACCCUUUUCCAAUUUUGUCAAGCUUAUUUAUCCCGUGCUUGACAUUACGCUCUAUUUUUAGUUAUUAUGUAUAUUUAGUUAUUAUGAUAAUUAUAUUAAAAUUAUGCCCCCCAGUAGUUUGUACCGGGCCAUACACACACACACAUACACAUCUUUUUGCAAGCGGUGAGUCUUAACCUAGUCACGAGUCACUAUUUUUUAAUUGAUUAAUGAUCGAUUUAUUGAUUAUUAUUUUAUUUAUUAAUUACGACAAUAAAAAGAAAAAAUAAAUUAACUUUUAUUUGCGUCUGAUUUUGUGUAAGUGCUACUUCAUUUUUAUUUUCAUAUUGUUUAACCUACCCUUUCCUAUAUUUAGAGAAAAUUCGACAAUUGUCAUGUAUGAAAAAAAUCUUUGAUAUAUUCGGAACAUUCUUGACUGCCAGGCUUAUGAUUUUCUUCUUUUUUCUUAGAGAAAUGUAAAAAAAUUCGAAUGUCUCACUCGUGAAAUCGCGAUCAGCAAGUUCAACGAGGAUGGAGACGAGUAGCCUAUUUUAAGCCAAACUAGAACACGCGUUGUAGAAUGGUAGAAGCGAGAACGAAAUUUAAAAAAUUUCAAUUUAUUAUGUAAUACACAUUAGACUUUGGCCUAAAACUAGUAGCAACUCCUUCGGCACUGGCCUAAGAUUUUGGUCUAAAUGUUCAUAAUGAGAGACAGAACUAGGAUAGUGAGGCAAUGAAUAAGAAAGGGAGACCAUAUAGAAGAUAUUUCGAUAUUAUAAAAGCAGAUUAUGCAGGAUACGCGUUAUCUGAACUCGCUGACUCGCUUGUCGCAAUCUUGGAGUGGCUUGACAUUCGAGUCAAAACAAUGAGCUCAGAUAAAAAAUUACAAGUUGAAAAUUUAUGUUAAUAUUAUGUUAUUUAUGUUAUAAUUUAUUGCCAAUUAUCGAUGAUAAAAUUUACUUUUAUAUUUUUUAUUUGCCUUUAUAAUUAACUUUAUUAUAAUUAUAUUAUCCAGAUUAUUUUAAUCAGAUCCUAUCCCCUUUUGUCACCAAUGUGUCACGAUACAUUAAAAGGUCAUUAAGAGGCUCUGAUUUAAUGACACGCAAAAAAUUGCAAAAAGCAAUACUCGAAAUUUAAUCAUAAUAUAAUUAAGUUUUUACGUAAUAAUUGGUUUUUCACUAACAGAAAACAAAUCAAGCUAUAAUACAUUUCAAUCUAACUUAACAAUCCCUUUUAACAAAUCUUUAAUAUAUUUCUCGCGUUAAACAAGCUCCUCGAACCUACAAGCUUUGCGCUUUCACGUCGAUACACGUUAACAGCAUCUCGGUUAAUUAUUAAUAUCAAUAUAACGUUACAUAAUAUUUUUGACAUAUUUUGACGACAGAUAUCAACAUGAAAUACAACUCUUGCCACAUAUAAUAUACGCUACUUCAAUACCAACGCCAAUGAUGAGAUAUAACUAUCGUUCUCAUUCUCUUUUCUUCGAUUGCACUGGAUUUACGAGAAGUAAAAUAAUUUUCGUAACUUCAGCAGUAAUCACAAAACCAUAAAAUAUGUCUACAAUUAUUUUAUCAAAAUGAAAAUAAUAAUUCCGAUGUUUUAAAUAUUAGUAUAUUCUGAAAAUAACCAUCGCUACAUUAAUCCGACGCAACAAACCGUGCUACAAUGGAAUUUAAUACUACGAUAAGAUUUUCUUUCUUGCUUUUAACAAUUAUUUUCAAAGAAAUCGUAAAUCACAUAUGUGUACGUAUUACAACAUGGAUAAAUCAAUUAUUUGGUUAUUUCGAUUCCGUACAUUCUUCGCCACUGAAGUAUGACCACAAACUUUGGAAAGCGGCAAACAAAAAAAAAAACUGAACGUAAUAUCUCCAAGGCUAAUUUAAAUCCCCAGUCGCAUUUGUCGGCGGACAAGCUGGAACAUCAGAGGAAUUUUCGCUUAUUCACAAAAAAAUCUGGGAAUUAGAAACUGUUAUGACACUUAAGUAAAUCUCACGUGAUCCUUCGAAGCCAUCUACAAAUUCAAAAACGUAAAAAUAAAAAGUCCGCUUCUUUUAUUUCUCCGUCGACCGAGAAUCAAAGCUCCUAGCGCGAAGGACAAAUCGUUCUCUUACAGAGCAGAUGUACUCGAGCCACGAAGAGACUCGAGACUCAGGAGAAAAGUAUCUGGACAAUGGUAACGAACAGCGACCGGUGGUUCACCGCGUUCGCCGAAAUUUCUCUCAUCGGAUGGGAGAACUAGUCGCGCUCCUUUACCUCCCGAUCGAUGCUACUGGUCCUGAUCUACUGACGCGACACACGUCGCGGGAAUGGAACUGGCGAUGAACGGCACGAGCGCGAAGAAAGGGGCGAAUUCGCAACGACAUUUACGGAUGCGCGUACAAUACAUGAGAAUGAAACGAACGUAAGAAGGGCAGACGGCGAGAUCGACGAGCUGCGCAAGAUGGAUGUAGUGACGAAGAGACACACAUUCCCGAAAGAUUAGAAUCGUUCACCUACAAAACGAAGUAAAUGUAGGAAGUCUAUCGACUCGCCGUUUAUAUUACAUUUUAUGCAGCGGGGCCGACGCACGGAGAAAUGAGUACACGGGACGGAACGAAAUUAAAACGAGAACGAAAUACGAAGAGAAUGGAAGAAAUAAUAAGCAUACGUACAUACCUAAACGCGUAAGUUUUAAGGACACGUAAGCAGAAAUAAGUAAUAGUAUUUAACGUUAACACUUGCAAGCUAUUAAUUAUUAUAUAAACGAUUAACUAAAGAUAAAGACGAGCGGAAGGUCGUAUCACGCUGCAGAGGAAGAGGAUACCUACUUUAAAAAAAAAAACACACACUAAUAAACUAAUUAUUAUUAUAUGAUUAUAUUAUUAUUAUUACGAUCAUUACUAUCGGGUUUGAGAUUAAGCCGUGAUAACAAGAGAAAUCAGUGAGAAUGAGAGUGAGCGAAAGAGGUACCAGAGAGAAAGCGAAGGAGGCAGAGUGGGAAUUCGAAAGCGAAUUCAUUGAGAAUAAUAAUUCCUCAAACUAUUAGGAGCAUAAUUAGGGUAUAUUUAUUAUGACGAGUGCGCGAUUACGAUAAUGGCGCGGUAGUAUACAGAAAGAGAUAGAGAGAGAAAAGGGGGAAGAUAAAAGGGGGGACUGGAAAUGCACAUUAUCUCCCCCGUGUCGUUUCAGCGAGGCGGAAAUCGCGUCUUUCGAAUUUUCGCGCGCGCGAUAGGAACGAAGUGGAGGAGCGAACCCGGGAGAACGACCGAAUGUGAGAAUGAGAGAGAGAGAAAGGGAAAAAAGAGAGAGUGAGAAUGUGUAAAGAGAGUAUGGGACUUAGAGCGUAAACUAUGUUUCUAUGUGAGAUCGCGUGCGUAAGCCAAAAGAAGAGAAAAAAGAAAAAAGAAACUGAUUGUUGACACCGAGUGAGCAAACUUUGUGUGAUAAUCUCGUAGUACACGUAGCAUGUUAAGUCUACAAUACAUUUGGUAGGGGGAUUAAAAGGUGAAAGCGACUUUCGAAAAGUCGGGCAGGAGAACGGGGGGAGUAAAAUCCGACCGAGGAAUCCGAGAGGUCUUCCGAGUCUCUACCUCCCCAAACGAUGUUUCUAAAAAAAAAAAUCAGCCGGGGGCUCCGGGGGCCUCCGGCGCGAUCGACAUAUCACCGCGUUAAUUCGUCAUUUCUAAGUUACAGGGUGCUCGCAACGCCGUCGACUACUCCGGCGUCGCGAUUUAACGUAGAUGUACAUUCAGUUUCCUCGAUAAGCUGUCGAAAGCUUUACGUUGUCCCUUAAUCGAUAAUUUCGUGUCCCGACAGUAUGGUGCAAGACGAGAAGCCGUAGACAUCCACAAUAUUUUAUUUACAGGAUUACAGCGAGGACAGUCGAUACUCCUGUCUCGCGGCUAUUCUGAACCUUUCACGGCUCACGUCCGUAUUAUUUAGAAGAAAUAUAACAUUGUUUCAUCAAAAUAUGCUAAAAUAUUAAACGAGCUGUAACUUUUUAUGUUAAUUAAUUUUAUAAAAAUUUGUUUUGCACUAUAUAAUGUCAUAUUACAUAUUUUAUAUAGCAUCAAUACACAUUAUAAAAAUUUCAGAGAUUUUUAAAUUAUUAAUACAGAUACCUUUUUUGGUUCAAUUUGAACUUUUAUGUUAGCUACAAAUUCACUUGCAAUAUAUGUGACGAUUUCGUUUAUCAAUGUUAAUAUAAAUCCGUGAACCGUGAAAAGUUAACAUUUCAAUGAUAACAGAUUUUUAAUUUAAAGCAGACGUCGGGAGGCUGUGCAUACUCCAGCUCCCGCCUUACCAAUAUUUCACAAUAACGUAACAAACGUUUCUCGUCUUGUAUCGAACGUCGAUCGUCAGAAGUUUACGUCGCAAUAAUCUCGCUCAAGAUUCAAGAGCGUCGAAGAGAGUACCUCUCGGAGAAUCCGUGACAGUCGGGCGUUUAGGGGUGGGUGGGCGACGAGGGAUGGAAGGGAUGGCGGUUCAUGGGAAAAAGAGAGAAAGAGAGAGAGAGAGGAAAAGAUGGAAACCGACGAAAUUAUGGAUGGUAUAGAAGCGUGUAGGGAGCCAAGUGUCCUUGAUGCGACCGUCGUUGAAGCCACGAAAUCUCGCGAUCUCAACAGGUGAUCUUUUUUGUUCGGACGAGUUGAACCAUGCAGGGGAAGAUAAAAGCGGAUCGAAAAUAAUAAGAGAGAGACGCAUAUGUAUAACAUGCACGAGGAAAAAAGUCACGACUGAGAAGAAAUCUAUGCGAAUUGCGAUUUCGGAUUGAGUUCGGAGCCACGGGCAAAAGACGUUCGGCGCAAACCGAUCCUAGCUGAGAGAGUGAGAGAUGACGAGCGAAAGGGUAUGAAAGCGUGAGUGAAUGCGUGACGGAUGCAAUAGAGGACAACGAGCGAAAGGGACGGGGUGAAAGACGAGUCGAGAGACGAGGAGUGAAUGAAAACUAAAAAAAUUGCUAAAAAAAGUGAAGAAAUUAUACAGAGAGCGCCGACCUCCUUGACUACCGGGAGGUCCGCAUAUAUGUAUUGUAAAGUCAAGACUAGUAAAUGAUAAAAUUAGGAAAAGCGAGAGUUUUAAGAGGAGAAAUUAUUAGGCCAGUUUGUAAAUGUAAGUUAUUACGGAAUUUUCUCCCCUCCCCACCCUUUCGUGCACGAUACUUUUGGCAAAUCUUUCGCGAGCGUGAAUGCGGGAUAGUAAGCGCGGAUGUGAGAGAAGACAGAGAAAUAUUUAUACAUGUGCGUGAGAAUCUGAGGUUACGUGUGACACGUGUGACGAGAGAUCGAGGCAGGAAGAGAAAAAGGAGCCAUCGGACAAAUGGUCCAGCACGGUCCGACAUUCGACUCAGAGAUACAAGAGAGAAAGAAAGAGAGAGAGAGAGAGAGAGAGAAAGAGAGAAAAAGAGAAUCGAGUAGCAGGUAAAACGCGCACAACCAUCGAGAAUGGCAGAUAUCACAAAUGUCAUUAUCCAUCCAACCCUUCGGCCACCGAGAGUAUGAGGAACAAAGAGUGUAGGAAUAAUGAAUCUUGACCAAAUCCUGCUUGACAGAAAAUUGGAUUAUUCUGGUCUGCCUUCGCUUCCACAUGCUAUAUGUUAUUUUCAUAUAUAUACGGCUUCGUACUAUAUACAUAUUACCCAAUCGCUCGCAACAUGCUCGCAGUAUCCCCAUGCUCAUUUCGUAUCUAUCAUCUGACGGGUUUUCCGCUAACGCGUGAAGCUGCUUCGAAACGAGCAUCAACCGUUCCGUAUUUAAUGGGAAUAUUUCUUCUUACCGUCUGCGAUUCUUAUUGCGACCCUGCGUCGCGCGUGAAUCAAGAGAGUGAAAGAUAGCGAGAACGAGUGGCAAAAAGGAACGAGAGUGUGAUUGUAUGCACGCGUGUACCAAGAGAAGCACACACGAAAUGAGAAUGAGAACAUGUAAUGCCUGUAUUCCUGGAGUAUAUUACUUGCGCAUACGUCUCAACCAACAGUCGUGUUUAGAUUAUACGUAUUAUCGUGUAGGGAAUCGUAGGUGUAUUAAGACAAAAAAAAAGAAUAACUUAUUUAAUAAUGAAGAAGCAAAGAGAAAGAAAGAGAAAGAUAGAGAGAGAGAGAGAGAGAGAGACGAGGACUAGCAGCAAGCAACAAACAACAGUAAACCUACGUUGAUGUGUGAGGAUGUGAGCUAGAUCGCCGCGUUGAGUCUAAUAAACUCCUCGGAGAUGUACAACGCAGACCCUCCAGAAUGAGGUGAACAGGCGCACGACUGUCAGCCUUGUCGGCCAUCUUCGUCACUUCGUCUAGAUUGGGACGAUCAAACGUCGAACGUUCGCGUCAAUUAAUUCUGUAGAUAGCAGCAACGAAAAACUCUUCCUCUACAUUAAAGUAGCACGGGCAAAAGGUUCGAAGGAUGAUAAAAUAAUGUCUCCUACGAACGACUUAGCCGACGUAACGGGGCACAAAGUGGAAUGACGAAGUUGGCGACUUGCUCGGUCGGCCGGAAUGUCUUGUAAGAUAUUGUGGGAAUUGUUUUUCUGCGCCCCGCGAGUCCGUUUUUUCGGUCCAAGACGGGGCACCAUUCACACAAGCCAGUACAUUUUAAGUCAGAAGUUCUGUCUUUACCCGCUGACGCUCGCACCGAAUGUGCGUGAAUCUCAAUUGUUUCCGAUUCGUCAAAUACUCGUUUUACAGAACGCAUAGCCACCGGACGGCCCCGAUACAAACAAUUCUAUACCAGUUUUCAUUUACGCAAAAGUCACGUGAUAGAAGAAGCCUAAAAUUGCUGCUUACUACUGUUUAGAUAAUAAAACUUCUCUUGGGACUGCUGUGACGCACCAAGAGGUACUAGAUAAGUGUUAAAAAAAGGGCAUAUUUGAGAAAAAGGAGAGGAGUACGUGAGCAGACUGUUAAACGCACAAAUUAUUGCAAAGAGCAAUCAUAUUUUUGUCUCGACAAAUUUAGCAUUGGCUGCUUCGUUCACGUGACUCUUAAAACCGGGUUCAGUUGCAAUAGUUGCGCCCCAGCAAGCAGUUAUCGCGACCUCGCGCCAGGUUUUCACCGCGCGACGCGUCACGCGAUCGUUCACAUCGGGAGGGCCCGCUCAGGAGAGACAGAGCUUCCGGCGAAGGAAAACCUGACUACUUUCAUACAUGCAUUACGAUGUUUGAUGGACUAUACCACUUUCGACGCGAGAAUUCCUUUCGUACCUUUUACCGGCGUUUUUCUGGGUUGAUUUUUUGGCACGAGGAACAAUUCUGUUCGUUGAUUGCUAAUCUUCGGUUGCGCACAAGACGACACACAGAGAGUAGGGCAAGGAGGCGUAUGUGCGUGUACGUGUGCGCGCGUUCGCGAGUCGUUCUUUCGGAUGCCAAGUUCUUCGAAAACCCGUAUAGCGCACACGUGCGACGCCUACCUACGCCUUAUUGCGGCGAAGAGUGAAAAAUUCCGUUUUUUGGCAGACACCAAAAAAAAGCAGCUCUUAAAAUAAAGGCGACGCGCGAGAGGACGUGCGGCGAGUUGUCGCGCGUAUUCUCGCGCGCGCUCGAAAUCACACAACAGAUAGUGCUCAGCAAGGCGAUAAACAUCGAUCGCGAUGCAGCACACCCACACAUACGCGUACAUCCACACAUACAUACACAUGUACACACGCACGAGGCACACACAAGGGACUCACACGUACAUGUACACGGACACACGCAGUUUCGGCCAGAAUCUAAAAGACACAUCAAGGAAAAAAGUACAAGUUUAUCACGUUGCGCCUUAACGUUAAAAUUAAAAGUUGAUCAAAAGAGAUGAAAAAAGUGAAGCGUAUUCUUAACCAAAAUCGGCCUUAGUAUAUACUUUUCCAGGGCACGUGGAAAGCACAGGACGGGCGACCUUCCCCCUCGACCUAUUUCCACAAUCCUCACUCUUUAGAUUAAUAUUUAAAAAAAAUGAUAUAAAUAUAUAAUAUAUAUAAUAUAUAUACACGAUAUAUUAUAUUCCGCCGGCGGUGGGAAGUUUCGAAACCUCGCAGCUAACUCAGCAAACCACCGAACCAUCGAAAGAAAAAAAAAUUAAUAGAUCUCUGUUCCCGCCGCGUCAGGUCGGAUUCGAAAUUUUCGCGGUUCGUGUCCACGACGACGAAUGGGGGGGCGAAAAAAAAAAAAGAGAAAAGUGCGGCGUCGUGGACGCGCAACCCGUCCUUCAAGCCCCUACCUCCCAACGCCCGGAAAGUCGCCCGUCCCCGUUUGCACGUCCCGCUGUACCCCCACGCUCCCCGCAAGGUGUUCCCCUCCAAAGGAGAAAAAGAAAAAGAGAGAGGUAAAAGCUAAGCGAAAACACAAUUAUCCGGCGAGAAGGCGAGCCUUUCUCGCGCAUAGAAGAAAAACACUUCCUGCAUGUAAUUAAAGCGACGACGCGAGUGGACGGGUCACCCGGGAUUAGUGUAAGGACGCUCGUUGCUAAGUAAAGCAAAGACGAUGACGUGGAAUGGAAGAGAGGAAGAAGCGGAGAAACAGCUUUUGAUGCGGAAGUUGGACGACUGUCGACUCGCCGUUCCCCGCGACCGGGGCGUGAUGGCAGAAAAUUCGCAGAAAAUCCGAGAGAUUCGAAGAGCGAUGAUGCACGAAUAACCCACGCAUACGCGCUAAAGGAGGGAUCGGUCGCGUAUCAUUAUCUCGUCGCGUAGAGAUCCGCGGUAUUCCUUGCCAUCCAUAAUCUCUUUUCACGAGCGUAUCUUCGUGAGACUCGACUGUGACGACUGAGGGAGAGAGAAAGAGCUAAGAACUGAGGAAACGUGAUCGUAAUUGAUCUGCAUUGUACGCCGUAUGUACCAGAGAAAAGUCCAGCGCAAACGACGCAUUCGAUGAGGCUAUGCAUGCGACGCGCGCAAAGUACUAAUCACAAAUAUUUCACAUGGGAAAAUAAACCGCUUUGAAAAACUUGGAAUGAAUAAAGCCACGUAUUUAAAAAAAAAAAAAUUUAUAAGCGCGAGAUAUAUUCAUCGCUCGAGUAACAAAAAGGAUCGAGAAGUUGAAAUUGAUAUUUGUUUCGAAUCUUUCGCAAGAACGUUCGCGUUAUUCGCAUUUGCACUUCUUCACCACGCGGUCAUUUUAAUUAUCCAGCCAAAGCCAAACGCGGAUCGCUACAGAGUCCAAAAGUAUAACCACGAAACCAAGAUGAUAAUAAAGUAUGACUAACGCUGUGAAAGCAACAACGGCCGUCGCCGUUUCGGCGACGGCUCUCGACGAAUUAUCCAAUUACCACGAUAUAAGCACGACGAUGUCAUAAAUCUCGAUAAUUUCAAGCACUAAAGGAACACAAGGCGGUCCGUAAGAUAAUACCGUAAUACAAAAUGUAGAAUAAUCGACAGAUCAGAAUUGGGCACGCGAGGUAAUAACCGAUAUUAAUAUACGCGCACACAGCAUCGCAACGAAUACGUCGAAAGGCGCUCCCGGAAAAUACGAUGUGCCUCGACCGGCCCGUAACGUCUCGCAAAUUUGCAGCUUUCCUCGCGCAAAGUCGCGAUUGCCGCUACCACUGUCCGUUAGAUCGUAUCCGAGGCGGGUGAUAAUUACUGGGGGACUGCUACUGCACAUCCGGCUAAUCGUGGAUAUCGUCAGCACGGAGAUUAUUAUUUCCCCGCAAGGAACGAUAACAACGACGUUCCGUUGAAUGACGGCAAUAGCAAUCAAAUUCAGAUCACCACACGUCACCGAUCAAUGGACAUUGGGCUUAUUGUAUUAAUCGAUACUUCACCGACGAUCCUACUUUCACGCACUUGUUUCACAAUUUUACCACACCGCUCCGCCAGACCAGAUAACGUCGAGCCGAUCGACACCGGUUUUUUGUUGCCACACUCACGUAUCGAUGGUUCCUUCGUUAGACCGUCAGUCUCCGUUUUUCCCCCCCGCAAAGAAACAUACGGACUUUACGACAAUGUGUAGGACAGAGUUAACGCAGCGAUUAACGCGCGUCCCGCACGAUAUGCGAUGCGUCGUGCAAAAAAAAUAAAUAAUUAAAAAGGAGGACUACUUUUGCAGCGUACACGCACCUUCUUUCAACGACACAAGCGAAUCGAUUUCCUCGUUGCAGAGUGCCAUAGUAUAUGUCGAUUGCAGAAUAGCAACAGUACUCAAUAUGAUACCAAUAGUAAACGACUUAAGUUUCCAAUACGCUGUACACGCAGUACAUAUCCUACGAUGGACGGCGAUUUUAGUAGUGCGCGGCGGCAUUACGAUUCGUAGUGAUGCGCAUCGUACUUCCGAGGACGAGAUACUGGGAAGGACCGGAAAAAAGAGCAGACGGGCGAGAUCGCACAAGCACGAAGAACGAGAUAAAGUGCCACGCCGGGACGAGAGAAAUGAUCGCUGGUCCCGUCAGAUGAGCGAAGCAUACCGGACGCGUAAUAUGGGAAGAAAGAAAAAAAGGAAAAAAGGAGAAAAAAAGAAUGAAAGAAAAGAAAUAGAAUAAAAUUUUCACACAUGACCGUGUGAGCCAACGCAGGCGAAGUUAAAAACGCCCAAGACAUUGACAUAUAUAUUUAAAAAAAAAAAAAGAAAAGAAACGAAUCAGACCUUGCCACUUGCAAUUCGUUGAAGACGUGACGCGUUCUAAGCAAUUCGCAUAACGUAGGAAAGUGAAAACAAAAAAGAGCGGGUACGUAAGAAGGAGAGAAAGUACGGGAGCGAAAGAGGAGUGUAAAAGGGAAAGAAAGAGAAUGAGUGAAACACACGAUAAAGGAAAAGGAAUCACUGGAGAUCCGCUAUUCGACUUUCUGAUUUUUCGCAGAUUUUCGCGCGGGACAACAGGUGCGUCCCUUCCGAGACAUCAACCUGCCCCCGUGACAACCCGCAGGAGCCAGCUCAUCCUCCCAACGCCCCUCCCGUGAUCCUUCCCCACGUGAACAAGGUUUGCUUCCAAUCCGUAUGCGUUAUCGAAAUUACCUAAUAAACUAUAAACUACCUAACAAUAAUAAUUAAACGAUAAAGGGGUUAAGAGUAUCGAUUAAUUGAAUUAUACCUAACGAUUAAUUAAAUAAUUAAUGCGUAAUGAUACAUAACGAUAAUACGAUUAAUGAUAUAUAGUAUAAACGGUACGAGGCAACCCGGUACAUGGUGGCUAAAAAACCAUCCACCGAGACGGGACCGAUUCUGCCUCGUCGAGCGUGAGGGGUGUAUCGACCGUGCGUGGGACGCUUUUACAGCGGCUGUUUUAUCCGACUACCUUGAUCCGAGCGUGCGGAUUCGCAGCGGGAAGCCGAUCGAUACACUCCGUGAAGAUCGGACCGGCAGGAUCCACCGCCGUCGGAGUGAUCGUUUCUUACCCAUCAUUUAUACGCUAGCUUGUAACUUGAAACUUAAGUAUAAUGAGACACACACGAGGAAGAGAACACACACACAGCAUUAAUGAUACAUAAUGAUAUGAUUAUAUUAUUGAUAUAACUUAACGAUUAUGAACUAUCCUAGUGGUAUUAUACGACGACAUAGUUGAUUGAUCUGUUUAAUAUUGAAUGUCUGUAGAUCACGGAGCGUUUGGAACUCUAUGCUAUCCAUCGAGAGUCCUAUACAAGUCCACCAUAUUCCUCGAUACCUCUCCUCCUACCCCCAAAUUCGCCCCAAAUCUAAUCCCUCCCUCUCUCCCGCACUCACAAAAAACCACCCAAGACAUCACGAAACUCUUAACAUAAGUGGACCGGAAAUAUUAUCCCAUACUUAAAAUAAAAACAAGAUUGGGUGCUACUAAAAAAAGAACCAUAUUGAACCGUUAAAUUCGAUAAAGUUAAAUAUUGACUAAAAAUGUAAAAAAAAGAUGUAUAGAGUGGAUAAAAUAACCCUCCGUUUGAAACGAGAAAACUGGAGUCAGCGCGGAGGUGCAUUACGAAUCGAUCAUCGCGAAAGGAGAGUGCAGGAAUCUCUGUUACAGCGUAUACAUUCGUUUCUAUAGAAACCGCGAAGCGCCACUUUUCUAUGAGAAGUGUAAGAGACGCCAUAUCGUUAAAACCGGUUUUUAGUUUUACGCUUUCUCUGCCAAUAGAAGCCAAUAGAAAGGCCCACAAUACAUAUUGCCGGCUACACUGGUUUUAGGUUCUAAAUUUAAUCAAUCCACGCAGCCACAGUAUGACAGUGACGAAGAAGCUGCUCACAGCUUCUCUCCUCCGUCUCUUAUGCUGAAAGCACCAUAGAUGUGGAAACGCUUCGAAACGGCAAAAGAUGAAAAUAAUUCAAAGUUCGUGGCACGUGACAUAUGCUAACUGACAGCGAACAAAUUUUCAGAUAACAGUUAAUCACGUAUUCUCCUGAAUAUGUCGCACACCUGCGACGUAAUCACAAUGGAAAAUAUUCUUCACACAUACAAGCAUUUGAUAUCGCAGUGGCAUAUAAUAAUCACGUGAAUAUAACGAAUCGGAAGAAGGAAGAAAUCUAGAAUUCCCGCUAGAAUGAGAAAGACGAAUGCCCUCCGCGCGCGAAGUAUCGUUUGGAAGAAAGCGAAGGCCCGAAACGCAGAAGAAAGCGAAGCCUAGAAGGGACAAUUCUGUGAGAAACACUACCGAGCCCUCUGCCUCUGUUUUUAAGCACGCGUACCAUGUGACGUCCGUCGAUGAGAAACUUCGCAUUGAUGAUACACACACGCAUCGGGACACUAUAAAGAUAAAUAAAGUUGAGAAAAAAAAAUGGGCAGUGUACAAGCGCGUCCGCCUUGGACGUGACAAAACCGUUCUUCUCGAUCGACGUCCCCGACCGACAGGUUCGCCUGAUUGUUGAGUUUAAGUUUUCUAGUGAGUACGUAGACGCAUGGCGACUGGAAGACUCGAGCCAGGCGGUGCUCGUGCUGGGCGAACGAUUUGUUACCCUUGAAUCGCCGCCUCGUAACGCACGACGCGCCGCCCCUCACGAUCUUCCCGAUCGCCGAGAUUUUUUAUACAUUCCGCAAUAGUUUAAGUGUCGCUUCGAAUUAUCGAAUGUGUUUUUUCGUAUUUAACGCUGUUUUAUUGCUAGUAAGUCUUUCUGAACACGCUGAGUGUCACACAACCGCGCGCUUCCACUUUCGAGCACGUAUUCAGCUCUUCGUCGUGACGCCUCCACGUUUUGUAUAAAUAAUAAAGUAGCUAGUUGCGUUCCGUUGUUUCUUUCGCUUGGUUACUUAAAUCGUUGACAAUCGUUAAGCGCCGCGAGGCCGAGCCAUUAUGACGAAGAAUUAAUUGCUCGUUCGUUACGUUCGUUCCUCGAAACUAGUUUAUUAGCUCGCGCGGAGGAAAGCGCGCGUUGUACGGCACUCAUUAACCGUUUGGAGAAAUCCGUGAAUUCGGAGAUAUCCACCCGACUGUUGUAUAGAUUAUGCCGUUAUCAGAGGGUGCCACGGACAGUAGGGGAAAGCAGUAUUAUCAAUUUACUUAGGGACGACCUCUAGGAGCCACGCAUUAAUCGCGGAACUGUAACACGAACGCGUCGGUCGAACGAGAAUGAUUGGCGGUCCUUCUUAUCGGGAACUUUAUCGUCCUUCUGACAUCGACAAGUAUUAUACGUUGUGUAUAAUAUUUCAAGGACGCGGAAGAUGUAUCGAUCUCAAUCAUUCAAGAUCGAUCGAAGCGACGGCUUCCGGUUCUACGCUCUUCCACGCCAGUGAGCAAUGUUUCCUUCUCCGACGAAAUUUAAAAAAAAGAAAUGCAGAGGAUAAAAGAGUGAUACACACAUAAACGUACACACACGCUACACACGCAUCACGAUACACGCAGGCUCUUCACGUUUUUUAUCCCAGUGCCUGGAGUUCGCGCGUGAACGGCUCGACUCCGAUCGUCUGUCGAAGAUCACGUUGAACCGUGUUAAUUAAUAUCAAGUAACUUCAGCGUACACGCGACAGGCACGAUCGAAGACAAUCCACUCGGGAUUAUGCGAUCGCUUCAACCGGUUUUAAGUUUAUCUACCCUCUCACAAGGAUACAGCGGAAACACAGGUAUCCCGAUGUGAUCCGCCGUCGACGACUCCGGCGGUUACAAAAGGAGAACUCGUAGCAAAGAAUACUUUCGUAAUUAUCCUCUAUAUACUCAGGGAAAUAUUUUUAAUAUUCUUCACCGGAUAAUAAAAAUGCCUCAGUUACAGAUAAGCCAUAUAAGCAUACAUAUGUUCUUAAUGAUUUACACGCUGAUCCUUGUGAGCCGCAAUAAACUCAACUGCAUACGUCUGCUCUAUUAUCCGACAUCUCAAUAGAAUCACCGGUUUUGAUUAUCGAAAUUAUCACCGAGGCGCGACGCGAUCUUCGUCGGAAUCACGGAGUCGUUGCCGCGAGACUUACACGCGCGCGACUGCGGGCACGAAGUACCCCGAAGACAAUUGUGUUUGGCCUGGGCUAAGUCAGGCGAGCGUCGGGCCGGCUCUCAAUUUUGAAAUAGCCAUUUCGACUUAAGCGAAAAAAAUGAACAGACCCCCAAAACCCGACGCAAUAGACGAAGGCAACCGGAUCAAAAUAACCGUCACAUGAAACAACAGUUUCUCGCGCGGGGCCCGGCCGCGGCUGCCAUCAAGAUAUCUCCGCUUAAUAUUACACCCCUCCCUUUCCUCCCCGCCUCCCCCCGCCCUCCCCCGUCCUACCCCAUAAUUAUCCUUGUGCUAGCAACGGGGGUGCAUAAGGCCCCCGUGAGCCCGCAGCAAAAGUUCGCCAGGCGUGCCGCGGCCACGUGAGUUACGUGGAUUCGGGUCCCGCGCCCAUUCUCACUCACAGCACACACUGGGCCGACUCGUCCGAUAGAAUGUGCCUUCAGUGUUGAUUUUAUACGAAAAAAAUACUAAAAUUAUACAAAGGGGCCCGACAUAGACCGAACGCCCACCCAAAGCCUGACUGGUGCUCGCCCGCUGCCCGUUUAUUUCAUCCUAAGCCGGAUAUUCAUACAAACACACAUAACACGACACGCGUACAGGACAGAAACAGAUUUACACUAUCGCACGAGGGACGAUCGCCGUCGAGAGGACCGCCGCUGUCAACCGGCGCCCCUAAGAUCAACGCCGUAGCUCAAGGUGCUAACGAAACGACGAGCGUAGCACGUCGCGUCGUCACGGAAAAGGGGGGAGUUCUCUAAAUCUCUUUGGUACACUGACAUACACGCGAACAGCAAACGUUCGCCGAUUACUGUAACUCGUAUCGGGACCAUGCGUAAAAUAUAUCAAAUCGUAGUGAGACGUUCUGUUGUUAAUUCAACUAUUCAAAAAAAAAAAAAAAAGAAAGAAAGAAAAGAAAAAGAAGCACACCCGGAGUGGUCAACGUCGCGCGUUUCCGGACGAAUCCGCGCACAAUACCACGAUGCCUCGACCUCGUCUUGGCGCGCAAUUAGAUGUGCGCCAAACGAGGCCACGGCUAUCCCAUGGGCAUUAUCGUCCUCGCGUGACACGCGUACGCUUAAUAAGAUACCUCCGAGACCAGGUGCGCGAGCUGUGCAUCGCGCACCGUAGUAACGCAUGUAUCGCGACGUAUGAAAGCUUCGUGUACAAUUCGCCGGGAAACGCACCCGAAACGCGUCCUCGGAAACGUCCGUCCUCUUGACAGGAUCGUCCGCUCGAAACGAUAUUUCACAAAAAAGAAAGAGAGAGAGAGAAAAAAAACGAGAAGUCACGCGUCCACGCGUGACAAAGAUGCCACAUGUACACAUAUGUCCACACGAACACACAAACACGAAUAUAUAAGCACUCGCAUGUACACGCUAUCUAUCCACGCCCUAUGGAAAUAUUUUGGUUCGUGCAAGGAGUUCGGAACGCUGCUUUGCACCGAUAAUACACACGUGUAUUAAUUAAAUGCAAUUACUAUGCGAUAAGUAUAAUUACAUAAUAUAUAUGUGUACUAUGGUCUCUCCCACUCCCCAUCAAAGUAACCCGCAUUGCCGCGUGUCGAUCCCGCGCGGCGAUCGACGAUCGCCGAGAGACGCGCGGCGCCGCGGCGCUCCGAUCCGGAACCGGAUCGGGUUCGCAUCCAUUUCGGAAUCGGGCGACACGCCGCGCUCCGGCUCUCACGAGAUCGUCGUAUCGUCACGGGCCGGCACACGGCGCUACCCACAUUCACCGAUCCCCGAAGCCCCUUAAGACUUCCCAAAUACAAGCGUAGAAUUUAACCACAUUAACUAUGAAUGACGAGAGCUACGUAAGAGCUAACUAACUAACUACAAUUAAACUUACUUAAUUAUUAACAAUUAAACAAACAAUAAAGCAGUAUAAACAGUAAAUGCCCAGUAAUCAUUGAAUUGUGUGUCGACAACUACAUAACUAACUACCUACCGUAUAUCGAAGUAAUAGCCGUAUGUAAAAGGAAAGAAAAAAAACUUGUAUUCUACCAGUUGUAUCAGCCAGUCCAGUUCUAAUAAGCAAGCGAUUAAAGGUAACCCAAUACCCGGUUUUAAGUCCCGCUCAUCCCCUCCCCUCCCCCCGUCCCCCUUGGAUCCUUCUUCAGUGAAUCAUUCAAUUAUCCCCUUUUUAUCUAUAUUAUAACCGUCUCAGCCCGAUUACCCAGUUAUACCCAGAGAUCCUUCCCCCGAAUAAUUACCUGUGGAUCUAAUCGCAAGCCGUCACCGUCAACCCCCGCCCCGCCCCGCCGAACUCCCGUUCAAUCAAUCCUCCGGAAUAUAAUCCAGUCAGUAUAAAGAGCCCGCCGGAUAACGUAUUUAUCAUUAGUGUUUUUAGUAGACAGACUUGUAAUGAAAAAGACUUCGUUUACGAUUGUACGCACACGUGUGGGGAGACCAUGUAACUUUAGCUCCGCCGCUCAUAAAUGCCGCCCAAGCGCUCGCGAUCGGCGAGUCGCGCCGGUUGAAUUGAAACCAGCAGCACACUCGCGGCGAUCGGCUCGAGAUCUCACGUCGCGGCGACUGGCCGUCCUCGCGCGGCCGCCCUCUCCCGCGUGGGAGACCUCGAGUCACGAGCGUCGAUCACGGUGCGUCUCCCGCGACGACCCCCCACGACGUCCUCGAGCACCGAUCGCGAGCGCGGACGCGCGUAACGCCCCGAAAUAACAACCACCAAGCUGGUGUUUAGCAGCUAGCGCCCCUUUCGAUUUCCCCAUAACCAGUGUCCCUCGACGUCCUCUUCACCCUCGAGCCACCCCCAAAUCCAUGGAAAACACCAACCAUCCUCAACUAGCUCACCCUUACCAACCACCUCCCCCUUAUCCAAUCGCAACCCCUCGAUUCCCUACGUGUUGUAUUAUCCGUUAUUUUCGAUAUAAUAUUAUAUAUAGUAUACUAAUGAUAUUUAAUGAUAAUACGACGAUGAUAAGGUAUGGGAGACGUUUGGUCACACACUAGUAGGACACCACACGGAUUACGCCAUCCUCACACGACCAUUUGAUUGACACAGGACAGAGACAUUUUACACGAGGACACGUAUAUACACUGGCACACGCAUACGCAUACGUAACACAAUAACAGGUACCAACAGCAGUAAUAGACAGACGUAACAGCAGAAAUAAAAAUUGAUAAACAGAACACUAGUUGCCGUGCAGUUUGUGAACAAAAAAAAAAAAAAACAACAAUGGUAACCUACCCGCGGGUCCGCUUCGUUCUUGCCCCGUGAGACUGGGUCGCGCGUUCUCCGCGCGCGUAGAAAGGAGAGGAUCGUUCCCCAAGGGCGGUCCUCGCGUAGCUUCGUAAUCGUCUCGCCGCGAAUCUCUUUUUAGAGAAAAAUCACACUGACGAAUCAAUGCGACGGCAGUUACGGGGAGACGCGCGCGACUCGGGCUCACCGAUCGGGGCUGAAUCUGCCUCAAAGCGUAGCUGAACAUUUUUGUACAGGACUUAAACAGGAGAUGCAAUUAACUGGAUGUAAAAUCUUGAGUUACAGAGCAGCACUAUACAUACCACACAGAUGAUGUAUAUAUUUUUACGUUACAGAAUAAUGCCUGCGCUUAACAGACAGGCGCCAUAAGACUGGUUCUCAUUUCCCAUGACAAUGCGUAUAUACAUGCCACAUAAACUUAACAAGAAAAAAGAUCCUAUAUUGUAAUGAUAAAACUUAAUGAUAUUUGUAUACAGUAUACCGCCUGGUGCCGCCGCGACACGGCGACCAGUUUAACACACACGCCAUGGUCAACGAGACUGGGGCCCGCCCGCUCGCAACACAGUGAAAAUCGGAUGAGGCUAUCGGAUUCGAGGCGGCUCGACCCGCGGAACGGGAUCGGAGAGUCGGACGGGAGAUCCCCUCCCAUCCUGGCUCGCUGGUGAAAAUCAAAAUUCGAUCGAAAACGAUCGAUGCGUGUCCCCCCCGAUGCGCGAGUCGAGCGACCUCUCGAAUCGAACCACAUGCAUACACGGCGUGAUUACAUAACGUCGUAAAAGCCGUGCGUAACACGGGCGUAGAUGGAGAAAAUGGAGAAGUAGAAUUGGCCCACGAAUUCGCGAUAACCCGUGCGUUUUACACACCGUGGAAAUUAACAUCCUGAUUUUCUCAUUAGGCCGUUAUGCCCAUCGAGCUCUAUUAACUCGUGUUAAAAAAAAAAAAAACAAAAACCAAAAAGAAAGGGAAAAAAUGGAACAACGGUAGCGCAAACCGUACCGUCGGCUGUUUGCGAGGACGGUUGCGAAAGGAUGUAAGACGAUCGCGCAGCCCGGGAAGUGUUGCCUGCGGGUACCCCGACAGAAGCAUAACGCGGGUAGGAGUUUCUAAACAAGAACUCCCGACGUGUCCGAGUGGCCACGCGACUCGGCACGCGGGAAGGUCCUAAUUUUUCCAAAAAAAAAAUAAAAAAAAACAAAUUUAAGAAUAAUAAACACUAAAUCCAUACUCCCAAGAUCCGUCGACGUUUGCGCGAUCGAUCGAGUCGAGUGUCGACGAGGACGGCUCCGAACGUCGGACGUAUACCACACGACGCGCGGUCGAUGCCUCUCGGUCAACGAGAGAAAUAAAGAGCAAAGUACGGGCCUAAACGACGAGAGUACGGUACUCCCGCGAUUCAGCGCGCCAUCGAUCCUCCUCGAGAGCCUCCUCUCGUUGUCGAUCGGUCGAUUUUGGCGCUAAUGGCCGACGGAUGGCCGGGAGAUAUUCACGACACACGUUUGAGUUACAGUGCAAGCGAACAUCUGUAGAGCCAUAUACGUAUAGUAUGUUGUUGUAUCUUAAAUGAUGAAAAUGAUGACAAUUAAACGUAGUAAGUGUACAUUUUUAUAAAGGUCGCGGUUGCAUUUCGAAAGAUAAAAAAAAGAAAUACGUUAGAUGCGGCAGACAAAAAUAAAGGGGCGACAUAUUUGUAGCGAGGAUUCAUGAUAAUAAUAUUAAUUUGAUGAAAAAAAAGGAAACGAGAGAAAGGGAAAAAUCGAGCGAAAGAUAAUAGAUGACCGUGAGAGCGUGAUAGUUGCGCAAGAAUGAGAGAAAAAGGGAAAGAAAGAGUGAGAGAGAAAGAGAGUGAGUGAUGUUGAGAGCGAGAAUGCGGAGAUGUGCGACAGUGAGAAAGUGAUAGAAUGUAAGCGCGAUAGGACGUGAGCGAAGCGAGAUGAAGGGAGGAAAUGACGAAAUGUCAACAGAAGUUGAAUCCUACUAUCGCGAUUGACGGCUUGGUCACCGGCGGUCCCGUCCGUAAUGGAUGCAAGUAACGUUUAGAUGUAUAAAAAGGAAUUAAAAGAUAUCGACUUUAUCUAUCCUCUCGUGGUUUUUAGGAUGUUCUAAAAAAAAAGUUAUUGUAAAAAAAAAGAGAGAGAGGGAAGACGAAAAAGCUGUUAUAGAGGGGGAAAGGGGAAUAAACGAGUGCAUUGGGAUUCGAGCGGGUCUUAACGAGCGUUUUGUGGCAGUGUGUACUUUGGUGGAACGAGUAGUCUUGUGUGCGAGAGGUGACGCGAAAAACCGAGAGAAAUUUAUUGUACAUUUUCGGGAAUGAUUCUCGGUCGCCCGGUGACCGCGCCUCGAUCUCGAUGCGGGCUCGGAAUUCCGAGAGCGCCAAAACGGAUAACGCACGCGAAGAGAGACAUAUCGGUUGAUCCAGAGCGAGGAUUUUCACUCGCCGUUAUCAGCGGACGAUCGGGACCACGAUUGUGAAUGUCUCUCCUCGCGACGGCAUCCAAAAGACACCCUAGACUUUCACUUCGCGGCCCACAGGUCGCGUGCGACGUUCGCGGGAUUUCUCAGGAAGGGGGAGUCGAAGGGACAAAAUCGCAAACGCGUUAAAAAAGCAGGAACACAAACUCUCUGUCCCUCUGGCUGCAGUUUUUGGCGCUCCCGUGCGUUCGAGCUGAAACACGCUUGUUUCGAUUUCGAAAAAAUCGCAAUUAUGUCUUUUUUAUAUAUUUUUGGCAAAGAUACGUCGAUACCAUUUAGGCAUCACAGGGGGAAAAAAGAGUUAAUACAAGUGGCGUAAACGAAAAUGACAAGAGAAUCGAAAGCGUAUCACUUCCGGCGUUUGUAAAAAUUUCGUCAGAUCGGAAGUUUACGGUGACGAAAGAUAGAGUGGUAGGAAAGGUGGUACGAAAGAGAGAACGAAAAAAUGAGAGAGAAUUGUGUAUGUGUGUGGAAAAAAUGAGAAUGCGAGAGAAAGAGGGGGAGAGAACGGGACAGGAAAACGGUGGUAAAAUAAUAUUUAAAUAUUCGUAUCAAAAGAAAAAAAAUGUGUAGGGCCUCGAACUACUGGCGACCGUAUGGAACAAGAGAGAUACGAAAAAGUUGCGAAACGAUAGCAAAGAGAGAGAAAGAGAGGCCGAACUACUAAAAAUAUUUAUAAUAUAUGGCUACAAGUACAAAUUACUUCGAUUACUGAGCGUAGGUGUAUUGAUGUGUGAACAAAAUUUGGUUGGCCGAUGACCGUUUUUGAAACCAUCAUACUGCGUAUCAAAGUAUGUAAAAUUUAUUGAAUAAACGCUAGCGUAUUAUGAUAUAAUGUAAUCUAAUAAUGUAAUAUUGUAAUGACGAGUCUAAAUGAUGAUGUUACCUUGAAGUUUAGGAGCGCGCGUGAGAGUGCACGUGAAUGAAAAAAAGAGAGAGGACAAAAGAGGUUAUUGUGCAUACGAAAACAAAAAAAAAGACAAAUUACAUCUUUAUAACGAUUAUCGGUAUGAUUACUAUUAUUAUUGCGAUUAACUAUUGUCAGUCAUCCCACUACCUACGAUUAUUAAUAUUGUUCGUUGACGAUUUAGUCCAUUCCCUUCCCCCAUACUAUAUACAUUACGUUAUUACUACCCUAUCGUGAUUAUAAUUGUCACCGUUAUUACGGCGAUUGAGAGAUUGUAUUAUUGUAUGUACAUGAUGCGUUGACAGCGAAACGAUAUAUAAGUUGUUCACAAUUUCGAGACACAUAUACGUUCUUGGCAAACUAUACAAAAAGAGACGAAAAGAUCGACUUGAGCGAUUAAAGUGAGAGGAUACUAAGAUCGAUUGAUGCAAGAGAGUGAGGUUGAUUACAUAAGCGAGAGAAUAAGAGCUGUGGUGAGAGAGAAAGAGACGCGGAAGAAUGAACUGCGAAAGAGAAAAUGUACGCGAGAAAGUGUGAAAAGAGAAAGAUGACGGCGCGUGAAUGCGUACAUACACGAGUGCAUGCGAGAUUACACAGGAAGAGUGGUUGAAAUUAAGAGAGAGAAAGAGAAAAAGAGAGAGCGAAAGAGAAAAAGCGAGAGAGAGAGAGAGAGAGAGAGAGAGAGAGAAAGAGAGUAUGCGAGCGACGAAGGUUAUCGAGGGAGAAAAUUCAUACUAAAAAAUUAUUCGCACGGGGGCACACGUCCGAGUGGUCUGCGCAGCGUUCGAGAUAUAUAUAUAUACAUAUAUAUAUAGAAAGAGAGAGAGAUAGGAAAAGAGAGAGACAUGUGCAAGAAAGGGCGAAAAUUACACACUCGCGGUAUUUCGGUCGCCGAGCGAUGAAAAUAAAAGUUAGGGCUAAGGGAUAGCACGAGGCUAUUUUCCGAAUCAAAGCGAAGAUGAAAGAGAAAUUCCUAUAAGCUCGCCCGCAUCCGGCAGCGACGCGCUUCCCGCGCCUCACGAAAUUCUAUUUUUGUAAGCAUAUUUCUAUAAAGGUAUACUAACGAUACGGCAAAAUUUAUUAUUCCUAGUGUGGUGAAAAUGAAAAUUGAACGUUUAGAUUUCGUUAGUAUAGUGUAAAGAUGAAAAAAUUAACGAUGUCUAGGUCCUAUUCGUGUACUUAAAAGUGAACUAUAAGGAGAAUAAAAUUAUAUCGUCGGCGGCGUCGUAGGUUGUAAAAUUGUACAUAAAUUAUUGCAAGAGGAGACGCGGUGGGUUGCAUCGCUGGCACGCGCUGCGCGGCUAGUUUUUCUUGUAUAUCUUUGGCUAAAUAUUAAGGGAAGCUACGUGAAAGACACCUCUUUCGGCACGGGAGUCAAAAUUCGCGUCUCGUCGCUGCGAAAGGCCGUCGGACGAAACCCCGGACGUUCCUAGAUAUUUAUCGCGGCCGUGAGACGAAGAGUGAUUCGAGACUAUUUCGUCGCGAAUUAAACCUAGAAAAAUAUUAAACGAAGAGAAAAAGAGAAAGAGAGAGAAAGAGAGAGAGAGUGAUAAAAAGUGUGUGUAUGUGUGAGAAAGAAAGAAAGAAAGAGAAAAAGCGUGAGGAAGAAAGAGAGAGAGAAAGAGAGAGAAAGAGAGAAAGAACGAUCGCCCUCCCUUCUCAAAGCCCGAGAGUGAAUUCGACGACGAUGCACUGCCGCUUUUUGAAGCAAAGAAACAAAAUAAUAUAUAUAAAUAUAAAUAUAUUAUAUUAUAUAUAGAUAGAUAGAUAGAGAGAGAGAAAGAAAGAAAGAGGGAUAGAGGCACCAAAAAUGGCAGAACGAUAAUCGUGCGAAAUUCCGCGCGCGGCUGGAUGAAACGCGGAGGGCGCCUCGUGCGAAUUUCUUUCGUUUGGAAUCUUGAUUUAAGUUUGCACCCCUCGCGACCGAUAUCAAGAAUUUUUUCGUUUAUCUUAGACAAGCGGCAUCUUUUUGGCGUGUUACACAUUUCUUUUUCAUUUUUUUAAAUUACAACACCACAUAUAAUAUUUUCGGAGACUAUUCACCACAAAUAGAAACAGAGAGAAAGAGAGAAAGAAAAGAGAGAAUGAGAGAGAGAGAGAGAGAGAGAAAGAGAGCGGAUGGACAUUGCUGUGAAAAAGAGAGGGAGAAAAUUAGCGAAAGAGAUAAGAGCAAAAGGACGACAAUAGGCGUACACGAGGGGACGCAAAGGAGGAUGGAAGCUAUUGACUACCAACUUGAAACGUGGGAUCAAACGAGAAAACGAUUGUGAUUUUCGUUCGAUCUCGCGUGGUUUCCUUGCACCGAGUAGACUACAAUUCUAUAGAAAUACGCGAAUUGAGUAUCGAUAGAAGAGAGCGCACGCGGAAUGACAGAAAGUAAGACAGAGAGGGAGAGAAAGGCGGGCGGGAAGAACGUGUGUGCGUGUAUAUGUAGCGAAAGGAGCGCGAAA